GGUUAUUCCCGCCAAAAAGGUCGCGUUCUUUCUAUUUUAACAAUCUAAAUCAUUUGAAGUUACCGUUACUAAUCUAAUUAUUUGACUGUGUUAUUGAUAACGUCAAUAACCAAAAAUUGUCUGUACAAAUUUUUUAAUUUAUUGUAUAUAUUAAUUUGUAUAAUUGUAUUUUUUCCAAGCAGUAAAUUGCGAGAUACAAUUAAGAAUCAAUAUUUAAUAGAAUAACAACUGUUAAUUAAAAAAUAACAACCAUGGAUCAACACGAAUCUGAUCAACAAAUUAAAAUCCUUGAGCGGGAGUAUUUGGAAUUCCUGGACGAUGUGGAAUACAGCGAAAAAUAUACGAAUCUUGUGAAAAAUAUGAUCGAGGAAAAUAAACGUAGAUUGUAUGUGAAUAUCAAUGAUCUACGUAAAAGAAAUCCAAAACGUGCCGCAAGUUUACUGGAAAAUUCAUUUGAAGAACAAAUGGCAUUUGAAAAUGCACUGAAACAAUUUACAUCUUCAAUUGAUCCAGAUUUUGCAAAAUCAAAUAAAGACGUAUUUGUCGGAUUUGAAGGAAGUUUUGGUAGUAGACACGUCACUCCCAGAACUUUAACUUCGAGAUUUUUGGGAAAUCUCGUAUGUUUAGAGGGAAUUGUUACGAAAUGUUCAUUAGUAAGACCAAAAAUUGUACGAAGUGUUCAUUUUUGUGAGGCAACGAAAGCAAUUACUGAUAGAGCGUACAGCGAUUUAACGUCAUAUGAUGCUUAUCCUGCAUCAGCAGUUUAUCCCACAACGGAUGAAGACGGAAAUGCUCUGGAAACACAGUAUGGUUUAUCGACAUAUAAAGAUCAUCAGACUCUGUCUAUUCAAGAAAUGCCCGAAAGAGCACCGGCUGGACAAUUGCCACGUAGUGUUGACAUUGUUUGUGAUAAUGAUUUGGUUGACGUUUGUAAGCCAGGUGAUCGAGUGCAAAUUGUUGGAAAUUACAGGUGUCUUCCUGGAAAACAAGGAGGAUACACCACUGGCACUUUUAGGACAAUUCUUAUUGCCAACAGUAUUAGUUUAUUGAGUAAGGAACAAAAUUUGACGAUUUCCUCCGAAGAUUUGACAAGGUGUAAGGAAAUGUCGAAGAACAAGAAAAUUAAUAUGUUUCAACUUUUGAGUAAAUCAAUGGCACCUUCGAUUUAUGGUCAUGAUUUUAUAAAGAAGGCAAUUUUGUGUUUAAUGUUGGGAGGAACUGAAAAAAAUUUACCAAAUGGCACGAGACUUCGAGGAGAUAUAAACGUUCUGUUAAUUGGCGAUCCAUCAGUGGCAAAAUCACAACUUCUUCGUUAUGUACUGUGCACGGCUCCGAGAGCAAUUCCAACAACCGGUAGAGGUUCGUCAGGUGUUGGUUUAACAGCUGCAGUGACAUCGGAUCAGGAAACAGGCGAGAGACGCUUGGAAGCGGGCGCUAUGGUUUUAGCCGACAGGGGAGUAAUUUGUAUCGAUGAAUUUGACAAAAUGUCUGAUAUCGAUAGAACUGCUAUUCACGAAGUCAUGGAACAGGGAAAAGUGACAAUUGCAAAAGCUGGAAUUCACGCGAGUUUAAAUGCCCGCUGCUCUGUAUUGGCAGCCGCUAAUCCUGUUUAUGGAAGAUACGAUCAAUAUAAAACACCAAUGGAAAAUAUUGGUUUACAAGAUUCCCUUUUGUCACGUUUCGAUUUACUCUUCGUCAUGUUGGAUAUUGUGGACACUGAUCAGGACAAUGUCAUCAGCGAUCACGUUGUACGUAUGCACAGAUAUAGAAAUCCAUCUCAACAGGACGGUGAAGCUUUACCAUUCACAAGUAGUUUGGACGUAUUGAGUACACAAAAUCCCGAUGCUCCUGAAAUUGAGGAAAGAGAAACUUCCAUCUAUGAGAAAUAUGAUCCCCUUCUUCAUGGAAGUUUACGUUCAAGAAAGGACAAAAUACUAACUAUGACUUUCAUGAGAAAAUACAUUCACAUUGCGCGUUGUAUAAAACCAAGAUUAACCGAGGAGGCAAGUAAAGUUAUUGCCGAUGAAUACGCAAAACUUAGAUCUGAAGAUUUAAUGGAAUCCGACGUGGCUAGAACUCAACCAAUAACUGCACGUACACUCGAAACUUUGAUUCGUUUAUCGACUGCCCACGCGAGAGCUCGUCUUUCGAAUACUGUGGAAGAACGGGAUGCAAAUGCGGCUAUUCAAUUGGUGCAAUUUGCCUAUUUCAAGCGUAUUUUGGAGAAGGAGAAAAAGAAGCGCAGAAGGCAGGAGAAUGAAGAAAGUUCGGGCGAUGAAGGCGUUGAUGAUGAUGAUAACAAUGAAGAUAGUACAAGGAGACCGAAGAGAACUAGAAAAAAUCCCGGUGAACCAGGUUAUGAUCCAUAUGAUAUUGAUAAUGAUGUGGAAUCUCAAGCUGAGGAGUCACAAAGAGUAACGCGUGCAGAAACAACAAAGGAUCAAGUUUCCCCCACUGAAGCAUCAUCUGCUGAACCAACGACUAUGGAAAUUGAUGAACCUGUUGAAAUUAAUGUCGAAAGACUCCAAGUAUUUAAAACUUUAUUGAAUCGACUGUUUACCGAACAACAUGCACAAGCAUUGCCAGUUGACACAAUUCGUGAAUUUGUGAAUUCCAAACAAAGUAUCGAAUUCACUCAAGGUGAGUUUAAAGCAGCUAUUGAUAAAAUGACAAACGAAAAUCAAAUAAUGGAAGCUGAUGGUCAAGUUUUUCUUAUUUAAUUUUUGUAAUUUUUAAUUUUUUCCCCCUGUCUUGUUUUUAAAAAAUGUAUUUUUCACUAAACGAUCUCAUUCAAAAAUUUCUAAUUCUUUGAUUCGAAUAGAAAAAUGAAAGAAGUGAAAAUCAAUUUUUAUGUUUACGUAAAAGAUAAAUGUACCUAUUAAAAAGUUUUAGAUAAUCCAAAGUGA